AUGGUUCUUGUAGCCAUUUUAAUGGCACCUAUAACAUGGUAUCUAUGGAUUUAUACAGGUAGUGCUAAUGCUAAUUUUUAUUUUGCAAUGACAAUGGUAUUCAAUGUUGCACAGACAUUCCUUGUUUCGGAUUUAUUUUAUGCUUAUUUAAAACGAAAAUUUUUUCUCAAAAAUGGUAUUACUAUUCCACAAUUUAAUGGUGUCGAAGGUCAAUUAGAAUUUCGUUAA